AGCUUUUAAGGAUGUUAUUAGAAAAGAGAAGGAAAUGGAUGCCCCUGAAAAGUAUGCGGAGCAGAUUUGAUAAACACGGCGGAUCAGGGGUGCAGUCUUCUUCAUGAAGAGGAGGAGAAGAAAUAAAAGAAGAAGAAGAAGAAGAAGUUAAAGUUAAUAGUAAUAGUAAUAAUAAUAAGUCGACUAUCAACUUGAACUAACCAGGAAAAAUAUACAGUAUACAGCUUUUGCACGGCGACUGGUAAUCAUUCUGUCUUCGGUGGGAUCAACAGGUGAAGACUAAACUAUCAAGAAAAAAACAAAACAAAACAAAACAAGAAGAGACGCUGUAAGUGACCUAUGAAACUUCCUCCAGAGAAUGGCUACAGCUGGUCCAGUCCCUCCCGAGGGAGCCAACUCCAACAGACCUGCUGGAACUCUAAGGAUGGCGUCUGUUGAAGGCCAGACCUCUUUGAGUUCAUCGCAGACCAAUAAGAGAACCAUCGGUCAUCGUGGGAUUGACCCUACAGGGGAGACUACGUACAAAAAGACAACUUCAUCUGCCCUGAAAGGUGCGAUCCAGCUGGGCAUUGCACACACCGUGGGCAGCUUGAGCCAGAAGCCAGAGAGAGAUGUUCUCAUGCAGGAUUUUGAAGUAGUGGAGAGUAUUUUCUUUCCCAGUGAGGGCAGUAAUUUAACCCCUGGACAUCACCAUGGCGAUUUCAGGUUUAAAACCUAUGCUCCAAUCGCCUUCCGCUACUUCCGAGAGAUGUUUGGGAUUCGUUCUGAUGACUAUCUUUAUUCCCUGUGUAACGAUCCCCUGAUAGAGCUGUCAAACCCUGGGGCCAGCGGGUCUCUCUUUUACGUCUCCAGUGAUGAUGAGUUCAUCAUUAAAACUGUCCAGCACAAGGAGGCAGAGUUUCUGCAAAAAUUACUACCUGGGUACUUUAUGAACCUGAACCAGAACAAGCGUACACUGCUGCCCAAGUUCUAUGGCCUCUACUGCAUUCAGGCCGGAGGGAAGAACAUCCGCAUUGUAGUAAUGAACAACCUGCUGCCUCGUGCUGUCCCCAUGCACCUUAAAUAUGACCUGAAAGGCUCCACAUACAAGCGCCGUGCCUCACCUAAAGAGAGAACGAAGAGCCUUCCCACCUAUAAAGACUUGGACUUCAUCCAGGACCUGCCCGAUGGCCUACUACUGGAGGCAGAUCAUUACAGCGCACUAUGCAAGACCAUCCAACGAGACUGCCUGUUGCUGCAGAGCUUUAAGAUCAUGGACUACAGUCUACUCGUGGGGAUUCACAAUGUGGACCGGGCAGGAGAAGAGGCAUCCACGCCAGCACCUGAUCAGAAGAAGAAUCAGGGUCAGAAACCCCUCUACUGCACAACCAUGGAGGCGAUCCAGGGAGAGGUCAAGGGCAAGGCUGCUCCACAGUGCACUGAGAGCACGGGAGGAAUGCCAGCUCAUAGCCCAAAGGGGGAAAGGUUGCUGAUUUUUAUUGGCAUCAUCGACAUUCUCCAGUCCUACAGGUUCGUGAAAAAAUUGGAGCAUUCGUGGAAAGCCUUGGUUCAUGAUGGGGAUACAGUGUCAGUACACAGGCCUGGCUUCUACGCAGAGCGCUUCAAGAAGUUCAUGUGCAGCACGGUUUUCAGGACGUCUUCGUCAAAAGCAUUGCCUCCUAAGAAGACGCGCGGAGCCACUGCAGUACAACGCAAGGCUAACGCCACAGUGGCUGGACAAACCCAGCAGGGUCAGUCGUCGGGUAUGGUAGCACAGACGAGCGCAGGACAAACUCAUCCAGACGAGGAGUGGACUCUGAUACAUAGCGACAGCGCCGGGUCUCCCACCUCAGAGACACCAGGAAGUGGAGAAAACGACCCUGACCUCAUUAGUAGCCCUGGUGCAAGCGACUUAGCCGAUGAAUCACUCUCGAGAGAGGAAUAGCAGAAGCUAAAUUGCUCUAAAAAAAAAUAAAAAAGGAACAGCGAUGUACUGCUUCAAGGAAGACGGACCAAAGGUUUUCUUUUUUUUGGGGGGACGGACAUCAGCAGACGUAACGUAUGAGGGGGUGAAAGUACUUUACACUGCAGCAGCACACACACGGGCUGUACAGAGGUGUUUCAGAGGUGACUUCUGCAUCUAUGGUUGCUGCUAAGACGUGAGACGUGUGAAAAUUGAAAUGUGUGUGAGGAACUCCAAACACACACACACACACAACUAUGAACUUCCUUUUUAAUGAACUCCUAUUUUGUGCUUCUAUACACUUCAUGCAAGGUUAUAUAGGAAGUCGGUCGUGUGUGUGUGUGUUUAUAUGAACAUGGUUAAACACUGAGCCAUAAAGGUUUCCUUUGCUAGGAAAAAGGAGAGAGGAAAAACUGCUGCCAUUUAACAGUUCCACUAGUGGAGGGUUGUUGUUGUUGUUGUUGUUUUUAAGUAUUAAUUAAAUGAAAGUACAGGUUAUGAUAAAGGCAAGGGUGCAAAUGUGGCCAAGAUUUUAGCCAAAACGUCGUGUAGGGGUGCAGUAUUAUGGGAAGUGCACAAUAAUGUAGAUGUGAAGAGUAACAAAGGGCAAAAAGAAAUCAUAUCAUUGUUUCUGAUACACUUCAUAUAUAUAUAUAUA